AGGAGAGAAACCCAGUCCCCCCGACCACGCGGAACAACAAAAACCCUAGCCCACCGCGCCUCCACUCCCCCCAACCAUGAACUAGCUCGCCUCCCAAAAGCUCCCGUCUUUUGGGAUCGAUCCCCAGGGCGAUCGAUCCGAAUAAGCACUCGAUUAGAACUGUUUAGCCACCCAAUUUGAUUUAAUUCCCAUAAGUUCUCGCCACAUUUCGGCCUGAUUACUUUUUUAAUUCGAUCGAUCCCACCCCGAUCCCCAUAACCAUAAGCAGCAGCACGGCAGCAGCAGCAGCAGCAAGUAAAUAUCACAGGAGACAAAAGCUCAGGCCCCGGCUGCAGAUGGACGUAGAGACGGUGCAGGCGAGUCCUGCGCUCGCGGCUCAUCUGCAGACCUCGCCGAAGCCACAGGUGAGCAAGUACUACUUCAAGAAGAAGACCAGUAGUAGCCAUAGCAGAAAUGGCAAGGAUGAUGCCAACCACGACUCCAGGAUCCAACCCAGAUCGCCCCUGAGCAGACAGAGCCUGACCUUCGACGCCACCCCCACCUACCACGCUGGAGCCUUCUACGAGAUCGACCAUGACAAAUUGCCCCCCAAAUCCCCAAUCCAUCUGAAAUCCAUACGGGUGGUAAAGGUGAGCGAGUGCACGAACCUGGACAUCACCGUGAAAUUCCCGUCCCUUCAGGCGCUGCGCAGCUUCUUCUCCUCCUGCCCGGCACCCGGCACCGGGCCGGAGUUAGACGAGCGCUUCGUCAUGAGCAGCAACCACGCCGCGCGCAUCUUGCGCCGCCGGGUGGCCGAGGAGGAGCUCGAGGGCGAGGUGCAGCAGGACAGCUUCUGGCUCAUCAAGCCCCAGCUUUACGACUUUGCCACACCUCAGCAGGUGCUGCCACAGACAUCACGCCUGCCGCUGCCACCCGCUCCACCUGCGGCUACGCUGGGGCCAGCAGCCGACUCCUGCCUACUCACCACAUUGAAGUGCGAUGGCGCUGGGUGGGGUAUGAGGCGCCGUGUCAGGUACAUUGGACGGCAUCGUGAUGAAGCUCCCAAGGAGGCUAGUGUUGAUGGCUAUGACACAGAAUCCAGCGUCAGGGAGGUGCAGCAGCCUCCUGCGACACAGGAAGUUAAAAGGAGUGAAAGAAACUGUAAGAGGAAGCGGGAGGCAGAAGGGAGCAGCAAGGACAAUAACGGAAACGAUGGCAAGAAGAAUAACAAGGUUCAGGGCGGCAGCAAGAAGAGCAAGAAGAGUUCGAAGAAGGGGAAGAAGCGGACCGUGGAGUCCAAGGACGGUGACCCUCGGCACGGCAAGGACCGGUGGUCAGCCGAGCGUUACGCCGCAGCAGAGAAGAGCCUGCUCGACAUCAUGCGCUCCCGCAAUGCCCGCUUUGGCGCACCGGUGAUGCGGCAGGUGCUGCGGGAGGAAGCCCGCAAGCACAUCGGUGACACUGGCCUCCUUGACCACUUGCUCAAGCACAUGGCUGGCCGGGUGCCGGAUGGCAGCGUUCACCGGUUCCGUCGCCGUCACAAUGCGGAUGGUGCCAUGGAGUACUGGCUUGAGCCGGCCGAGCUUGCUGAGGUACGGCGACAGGCCGGUGUGUCUGAUCCAUACUGGGUGCCACCACCGGGAUGGAAGCCAGGUGAUGAUGUGUCCCUUGUCGCCGGCGACCUUCUAGUCAAGAGGCAGGUUGAGGAGCUCACCGAGGAGGUCAAUGGUGUAAAAAGGCAAAUGGAGCAGUUACUGUGCAAGGACAAUGGGGACUUUGAUGCAGAAAGAGCCUACAAUUCAUUGAAGGAGAAGUACCAGCGUGCUGUGAGGGCUAAUGAAAAGCUUGAGAAGCAGGUGAUUUGCUUAAAGGACAUGUGUGAGAAUUUGGUUCAGAUGAAUGGUGAGCUGAAGAAGGAGGUGUUAUCCUUCAAGGAGCAUAUAGCUGACAAGAAUGAGAAGUUAGAGGAGCAGAUUACCUAUCUCUCCAACUCCUUCCUUUCUUUCAAGAAAUGGGUGGUGCAGGAUCAGCUGGUACUGGCUCUGAAGAUGGAAACAAAACGUCAGCUAGAACUGGCUCCUAGUGAAGCUGUUCCCCACACAGCACUGUAUGUUGGUUCCCGUGACCAGAUGAUACCCCAAACAGACGGCACCAUCAUCCAAGGCAGCCAAGACAGGCCGGUAAGGAAGAGCAGCUUCCGCGUCUGCAAGCCACAGGGCACGUUCCUGUGGCCGAGCAUGGCGUCCGGCACGACCAUCAGCGGGGGCGCCAGCAGCAGCUGCCCGGCCGCCGCCACGCCAGGCCCUGGGAUCCCUCGCAGCACCAGUUGCCCGAGUAGCACCGGGCCGGGGCUCCCACGGUCGUCGCGAGCGCCUGUUGAGUUGGUGGCUGCGGUGUCCGGCCUGGACGAGCAACUGAUGUUUGGCGCCCUCUUCUCUACUCCGCCUUCGGCGUCGUCCACCAACACCGCUGCCGCAGCUGCCAAGCUGCAGCUGUCCAUGCCCAGCCCGAGGUCACCACUGCAGCCGCAAAAGCUGUUUGGCACUGUUACUGCUGCUGCUGCUUCUGGGUUUAGUCCUCAAAAGCUGAUGCAUUUCUCCGGCCUGACUCGACGUCAUGUGGACACCUCGUCGUCACCGUCCGGGGCCUGCGGUUCCAGCCUGCUGGAGGGGAAGAGGGCCAUGUUCGAUGCAGAUGCUGGCGGGAUCAGCGUGGAUCAUCACCACUUCCCCAUCUGCAAGCAAAGCUUUGGAUGUCCGGGUCCCAACCGGCCCAACAACUCUUUUGAUGCUGGAUCGCUCCAAGGCCCAAGCAAAUCCCUGCCUGCUUCAGACCGCUGUCCUGUCCACAACCAUCUCCGUCUUCCUUCCCCACCCAAAGCUCCCCAAGCCCAAACCCUAGACACCACGGCAAUGUCGGCGGCGGAGAGGACCGACGAUGCGUCGGCCUCGGCCUCAGCGGGUGACCCGCGCGGGGUCCGCAACACGUGCAUCCUCGCGCACGUGGACCACGGCAAGACCACGCUGGCGGACCACCUGGUGGCGUCCUGCGGGGACGGGCUCCUCCACCCGAAGCUCGCCGGCCGGCUCCGCUUCAUGGACUACCUCGACGAGGAGCAGCGGCGGGCCAUCACCAUGAAGUCCGCCGCCGUCGCGCUCCGCUCCCGGGCCGGACACCGCGUCAGCCUCAUCGAUUCCCCCGGCCACAUCGACUUCUGCUCCGAGGUCUCCUCCGCCGCGCGCCUCUCGGACUCGGCGCUCAUCCUCGUCGACGCCGUCGAAGGGGUGCACAUCCAGACGCACGCCGCGCUGCGCCAGGCCUUCAUCGAGCGCCUCCGCCCCUGCCUCGUGCUCAACAAGAUCGACCGCCUCAUCACCGAGCUCAGCCUCACCCCCGCCGAGGCCUACGUCCGCCUCCACCGCAUCGUCUCCGACGUCAACUCCAUCUACUCCGCGCUGCGCUCCCACUCCUACUUCUCCCUACUCUCCGCCCUCGAGGACAGCCCCUCCACAAGCUCUUCCUCCUUAGCUGAGGACCUACCGGAGGACUUUGAAGACGACGAUGACAACGAGGACGCCUUCCAGCCCCUCAAGGGCAAUGUCGUCUUCGCCUGUGCACUUGACGGCUGGGGCUUUCGCCCCCAACAGUUCGCCAACCUCUACGCCAGAAAGACCAGAGUCAACCCCUCCGCCUUCCUGAAAGGAUUGUGGGGCCCCAGGUAUCUCGAUAAGAAGACGGGGAAGGUUGUGGGGAAGAAAGCUAUCAAGAGCGCAGACCCACAGCCAAUGUUCGUGGAGUUUGUGUUGAGUGCCCUGUGGAAGAUGUACGAGCUGGUGCUGGAGGGCGGUGGUGAGAGUAAUGCGGUGAAGAAAUUGAUUGAAAACUUUGACUUGAAAAUUCCGGAACGGGAGCUGAAGAACAGAGAUACAAAGGCUGUGCUGCAGUCUGUCAUGAGCCGCUGGCUGCCGCUGGCAGAUGCUGUGAUGGAUAUGGUGGUGGAGUGCACCCCUGAUCCUGUUGCUGCUCAAGGGGUCAGGGUUGCAAGGCUUAUGCCAAAGAGGGAGGUUACUCCAGAAGAUGCUGCUGGUUGCCCUGAUGUUGUUGAGGAGGCCGAGAGGGUGCGGAGGUGUGUCGAGGCCUGUGAUGUGAGUGCUGAUGCGCCAGUCGUAGUUUAUGUGUCAAAGAUGUUUGCUGUGCCAUCUAAGAUGUUGCCAUUGAAGGGAGUGGAUGGUGAACUGUUGAACCACCAUAGUAGUAGUGAGUCAGAGGAGUGCUUUAUGGCAUUUGCAAGGGUCUUCAGUGGUGUCCUUCAUGCAGGGCAGAAGGUAUUUGUGCUGUCGCCAUUGUAUGAUCCAGUGAAAGGGGAUACAGUUCAGAAGCAUGUGCAGGAGGUGGAGCUUCAAUACUUGUAUGAGAUGCUAGGACAAGGCCUGAAGCCAGUUGCCAGUGUGGGUGCGGGGAAUGUGGUUGCAAUCCAGGGCCUUGGGCAGCAUAUAUUGAAGAGUGCCACAUUGUCGUCGACCAAGAAUUGCUGGCCCUUCUCGAGUAUGAUGUUCCAGGCAUCUCCAAUGCUUAAAGUUGCGAUUGAGCCCUCAAAUCCAGCUGAUCUAGGAGCUCUUGUUAAAGGGCUUAGGCUUCUUAACCGGGCAGAUCCAUUUGUCGAGUAUACUGUUUCGCAGAGGGGUGAGCAUGUCCUUGCUGCUGCUGGUGAGAUACAUUUGGAGCGGUGCAUAAAGGAUUUGGAGGAGAGAUUUUCAAAGGUCAAAUUGGUGGUCUCAGACCCCCUAGUUUCCUUCAAAGAGACAAUUGAAGGGGAAGGUGUCAGUUUAGUGGAGAGCUUGAAGAACCCACAGGAGUUUGUUGAGAGGACUACUCCAAAUGGGAGGUGUACUGUGCGAGUUCAGGUCCUGAGGCUUCCCAAUGCUCUGACUAAGGUCCUUGAGGAAAGUGAGCAGUUGCUUGGUCAAAUAAUUGAUGGGAAAACAGCAAAAAGGGAUGGUGUUUUGGAUCCUCGCCUUUCUCAGGAAGAUGGUGAUUCUGCUGCAACUCUCAGACAGCGGAUGAUCGAUGCCAUAGACAGUGAAUUAGACACAAUUUCUAAGCAGGUUGAUAAAGAAAAACUUGACAGGUAUAGAAAGACAUGGCUUGGACACCUUGAAAGAAUCUGGUCACUAGGUCCUUGGCAGGUUGGUCCAAAUAUCCUUCUUCUGCCUGAUUCAAAAUCAAGUGGUGGUACAAUAACUGUCCAGGAUGGAAGGCAAGGUAUACUUGUUAGUGGCAGAGCUCAUGUGUCUGAGAAAUUGGGGUUUGUGAGGGAAGGUGAUACCAAAGAUAAUGAUCUUGACAAUGGUGACGAAUAUGCAGCAGAUGCUCCUGAAUCGUUGCAUAUAGAGUCUACGGCACUAAGGAACAGCAUUGUCUCAGGAUUCCAGAUUGCCACUAAUGCUGGGCCUUUAUGUGAUGAACCUAUGUGGGGUCUUGCGUUUAUUGUUGAGCCUUACAUAUUCGAUGACGGCUCUGAUGCUGCCAACCACUCUGAUCAAUACAAUGUCUUCAGCGGUCAAGUAAUCACUGCGGUUAAAGAAGCAUGCAGAGCAGCUGUUCUUCAGAACAAGCCAAGGCUUGUUGAGGCUAUGUACUUCUGUGAGUUGACCACCCCAACCGAGCAGUUAGGUGCAACUUACGCAGUUCUUGGUAAGAGGAGAGCAAGGGUUCUGAAAGAAGAGAUGCAAGAAGGAACCUCAUUAUUUACAGUGCAUGCUUACCUGCCAGUCGCUGAGAGCAUUGGGUUUUCGAAUCAACUUAGGAGUUUAACUGCAGGUGCAGUUAGUGCUCUCCUCGUUCUUAGCCACUGGGAAGCUAUUCCUGAGGACCCCUUCUUUGUCCCAAAGACACAGGAUGAGCUUGAAGAAUUUGGAGAUGGUUCAAGCAUUGGGCCAAACCUGGCUAAAAAGCUCAUGAAUUCUGUUAGACGAAGGAAAGGACUGCAUGUGGAAGAGAAAGUUGUGGAGCAUGGCACAAAACAGCGGACUCUUGCUAAAAAGGUAUAGUUGUGUCCCAAAUCCAGGUGGUAGGAAAACUGUAUCUUUGUCCAAGAUUUUGUCCUGGUAUACUGAAAUAUAAUCAAAACUUUUAUGCAGUGAAAUAGUUUUCAUUCAUACGACAUUGUUGUUUGAGAGUUGAGAUGGGAUUUGUAUGGUGUUGGGUCUUAUUCUAUGAUAUAUUAGAAAGAUCACAGUUUUUUGUGCAUUUCCUUGGAGGAAAACAGGGACGAUUUACCAAAAUAUGCCCUUCAUGAUAGGUAUUUUCUGGACCUUUGUUUCCUGCAGUAGCAAUGAAAUAGCAUAGCAUGCCCUUUUGUCAUGGGAGCAAACUGUGUAACUUUGGGUAAUGGUGACAACACUAUAUUUUCAUU